AUGGAUUUUUCAAUGUACGACAACAGAAAUCCAUACACGGUUUACAACUUCCACAGUUGCCCCAGACCCGUGGCGAACUCUAUAAAUGGAAGCAAUAGGACUGACCGCCGCGUGGUCAUAGGUAAAACUGCCGCUCAACCAAACUCUGCUGAAAUACAAAGACGACAGGAGUUGGAGAGGAGAGUGCUGACUCCUGACGUGUUGCCGGGAAGGAAAAACAUUAGUGUACAAACAGAUCCUUACAUCGAAACACUGAGAGAUGUUCCCCUGGCUACAGACAUCGUGUGCCAGACGGACGCUAUCAUGGACAUACCGAUGUCUCAACUUAACCCUCCCACUAAGUGUGGCAACGAUGUUGCAACACAGCUACAGGUAGGAGAGCUGUUUGACUUUUACAGGGAGGUGAAGCCCUUGAUUGAUUACCUGGUGGGUAGGACGAUCGAGCAGUCACUGCAGGAGGUGAUGGAGGAGGAGGAGCUGGCCCGUGUGAGGACACAGCUCAGGGCCUUCAAUGCUCUACGGAACAGCGAGCUGGCCGAAGUGCAGCGGCUCCACGAGCAGGAGAGACGCCGCAGAGAGGAAAGACAGCGCAGACGUGCCGAGUUGAGGAAGGCACUGAAGAAAGAGACAGAGACGGCAGAAAAAAUUGCUGCCCGCGCUUUUACAAGGGAGUUCUUGGCUAAUCUCUUCCCCUCGGUCUUCAUCUCACUCACGAGCGACGGCUACUUUUACGACUACGUGGAGAGAGACCUCGAGAGUAACUUCUUACCUUGGCUAAUGACUGAGGUGAACAACAAUCUGGAGAGAAGAUUCAGAGCGAGACGCUUGCUGGACACGAUUGUCCACGAAAUGACCCAAGUGAAACUGGAGAAGCUACAGGAACUGAAGACACGGCCGAAAACACCUGACGUCGAAUCUGACGACAAAACAGCAAAUGCACAGACGUGAUCGAUAACAUUAU